UGAAUAAUUUGAUGAAUUUGUGAAGUGAUUGGAUUUAAGUCAUUGGCGUGUUCUUCACUUGCUUGUCUCUAUUUUUAAUUACUGACGAUAUUUGUUUUUUUUUUUAAUUAUUGAUUCGAGAAUUAAUAGUUAAUGUGGAUUUAAAGGUAACGUAUAUGAGAGGGUUUUGAGUUUUCAUACGUUAAUUUUGCGGCUUAAAUCAGAGAGAACAAGUCUAUCAAAUUUCAAAACUUUGAAGAUUCGUAGUUUCUCCACGAGCAUCGAUUUUGAUUCUAUUUUUGGCGAAUGCAAGAAUCUCUUUGAAAAUUUGGAAUCUUUAUCCCCAAAAUUCUUCUGGGAGUUUUGGUUAUCUUCCAGGCUGAUUCAUCUUACUUAUAUAUAAACAACUAUAUAUAUAAGCUAAAGAUGGAUCAGAUGUCACCUGAUAACAUCAAUGGACUUAUUCUAGCAGUCUCUUCAAGUAUUUUCAUUGGAUCUAGCUUCAUCAUCAAGAAGAAAGGUCUCAAGAAAGCAGGUGCAAGCGGUGUACGAGCAGGUGAAGGAGGACAUGGAUACUUAUAUGAACCAUGGUGGUGGGCUGGAAUGAUAACAAUGAUUAUUGGGGAAGUAGCAAAUUUUGCGGCCUAUGCAUUUGCUCCGGCUAUUCUAGUAACACCUUUGGGAGCUCUUAGCAUUAUAUUCAGCGCAGUGCUCGCACAUUUUAUCUUGAAAGAGAAGUUGCAUAUAUUCGGGGUUCUUGGUUGCGUUCUCUGUGUUGUUGGGUCUACAACGAUAGUCUUACACGCUCCACACGAGCAGAAGAUAGAAUCAGUCAAGCAAGUAUGGAAGCUAGCUAUUGAACCAGGUUUUCUUGUGUAUUCUGCUGUGAUUUUGAUUGUGGUGCUUGUACUGAUCUUUUACUAUGAACCGCGUUAUGGGAAAACUCAUUUGCUAGUUUAUGUUGGAAUCUGCUCGUUAAUGGGUUCUCUUACUGUGAUGAGUGUGAAAGCUGUGGCUAUUGCCAUAAAGCUUACAUUUUCAGGGAUGAAUCAGUUCAAAUACUUCCACGCUUGGAUUUUCAUUUUAGUAGUCACCAUGUGUUGCAUUUUGCAGAUCAAUUACUUGAACAAGGCAUUAGAUACAUUCAACACAGCGGUUAUUUCUCCGGUUUACUACGUUAUGUUUACAACUUUCACCAUCAUAGCUAGUAUGAUCAUGUUCAAGGAUUGGGCCUCGCAGAGCGGAUUAAAGAUAGCCACAGAGUUGUGUGGUUUUGUGACGAUUUUGUCAGGAACGUUUCUGCUUCACAAGACAAAAGAUAUGGGAAACAGUGGAAGUGUAAGUGGUCGUGGAUCUGUCUCUAUGCCAAGAGACACUCCUGUCUUCACCAACUCAGGUUCUGGUCGGAGCUCCAGCCCGGAAAAGUAGCUUCCUCGGACAACGAUUGAUCUAACGGCUCAGAUUCCUCUCUGUACGUAAAACACGAGCUCAAAGCACAAUGAUGAAUGUAUUUUUGAUAAUGGUUGAGGAAUUUGUUAGGAAUAUAUUUGAUUGAUUGCUUCCUUUUUUUCCCACAUGAGAAUGUAAUUUUACGACUAAACAGAAUCAAGAAAAUGAUUUUUAACUAGAUGUAUAAUAACGGUGUGCAUAUAUAUAAACUGAACCAAGUCUUAAAAGG